UCUUCCUGAGCAUGCGUAGAACGGGGCUUCUCCGGUCUAGCGGGCUAAUUCCGAGCUCCGAACCGAAGACGGGCUUCGUUUUCUGCGAGGAAUUCCGGCCAGGGGCAAGAAAGCGCUAUGGUGCGCAUGCUAAACUCCAUCGCGGCGGUGUGCCAAAACAUGGGCAUUGGGAAGAACGGAAGCCUCCCUUGGCCUCCCCUCAGGAAUGAGUUUAAGUAUUUUCAGAAAAUGACCAUGACACCUACACAAGAAGGAAAACAAAAUGCAGUGAUAAUGGGUAAAAAGACCUGGUUCUCCAUUCCUGAGAAACACCGCCCUUUAAAAGGUAGAAUUAAUAUAGUACUCAGCAAGGAACUGAAGGAAGUUCCUGAAGGAGCCCAUUACCUGGCCAAAAGUCUGGAUGAGGCACUAGAUCUUCUAGAAUCAUCAGAGUUGGCAAGUAAGGUAGACAUGGCUUGGAUAGUUGGAGGCAGUUCAGUUUAUAAGGCAGCAAUGGACAAGCCUGUUCAUCAUCGACUGUUUGUGACAAGAAUCUUGCAUGACUUUGAAAGUGAUACAUUUUUUCCAGAAAUUGAUUUUGAAAAAUACAGACUUCUACCGAUCUUUGCAGGUGUCCCUGCUGAUAUCCAGGAAGAGAAUGGCAUUCAGUACAAAUUUGAGGUGUACGAAAAGAGAAUCUAGACCUUAUUUGGUGUGACACCUCUUGCCUCAACGCAUGCCUCUUAUUUCAUCCAUUUUGCAGAACGAACCACAACUUUUGCCUGCCUUGCAUGUUUUCCAAGAGGAAAAAGAAGUCACCACUGUGCCUCUCCCACCCCCAGCAGUUAAGGCUAUCAUGGCAAAGAAGACAUUGCUCCAGUAGUGACACUCUGGAGAGCAGCUGCUGCAGUAAACAAUGCAGAACUUCUUUACAAGGAUAGCCUAGCUGCAGCCAAUGAGAAUCAGGCAGAGGGAGCAGCAGGUGCUUCUCCUUUUCCCUCCCAGAGAGCAGGUGACGAUCAUGACCCAGUGCAAAGUUACAUAGGAGUAAAUCCUACUGAAGUCUACAAGAUUUAUUUCCAAGUAAAUAUGCAUAGGCUCAGCUGUAACCAAGUCUCUUUCACAUAUUACGCAUCCAUGGCUCUCUCCUUCCUCCUCUUCCACUGCCCUGGCAAAUGCAAGUGCUGCUCAUGGAGAGGCACAAUGCAACAUAGAAAUUGGAAUGCAAAUGUUAUAUUUUGUUCAUAUACGCUUUCCAUACUUCUGUUGAAACAUACAUUCCAUGUUUAUAGCUGACAGAAUAAAACAUUAA